AUGGAGUCUCGACAGCUUUCGUCCUCACAAAAGGCUGAAUCGGAUUCGGACACUGAACAUUCGAGGGAAAACUCCCAGGAUGUCUCGGCUACCCCCGACGCGCCCCAAAAGGACAACACAUACCAGCAGCAAUCAGCCACCAAAACCGUCCUGCUCCUCGUCUCGGUCUUUCUGAGCAUCUUCCUCGCCAUCCCCGAAAUCACAAAUGAAUUCCAUUCUCUCCCGGACGUCGGAUGGUACGGGAGCGCGUACACGCUGACGUGCUGUUCGUUCCAACUGUUGUUUGGAAAGCUCUACACGCUCUACAGCGUCAAAGGCGUCAUGCUCACGAGCGUUGUUGUGUUCGAACUCGGCUCUGUUAUCUGUGGAGCCGCGCCUUCGUCGGCUGCCUUCAUCGUCGGAAGAGCAAUCGCAGGUGUUGGCGCCGCCGGAAUCUUUGCUGGAUGCAUUGUGAGCAUGGUGUAUGCUGUUCCCCUCGAAAAACGCCCGCAACUGCAAGGCAUGUUCGGCGCCCUCUUUGGCAUUGCUUCAAUCGUAGGCCCGUUGAUUGGCGGCGCCUUCACCUCUAGUGCGGCAACCUGGAGGUGGUGCUUUUACAUCAACCUGCCCUUCGGCGCUGUAUCCAUGGUCGUCAUUGCUCUGUGCCUCAAGGUCCCGGACAGAGACACGACCAAACUUCCCUGGACGCAGAAGCUGGCACAACUCGAUGUCAUUGGCACCUCGGUUCUGAUUCCUGGCGUCGUUUGCUUACUACUGGCGCUCCAGUGGGGAGGCAGUACAUAUGCUUGGAGCAAUGGGCGUAUCGUAGCCCUGUUGACCCUUGGAGGGGUUUUGCUUGUGGUUUUUGCCGCUGUUCAGGUGUUGCUACCCAAAACAGCAACGAUUCCUCCGCGCAUAUUCAAGCAACGCAGCAUCAUUGCUGGCUGCGGGGUCACUGUUUGCGUCGGCUCAUCACAAUACAUAUGCGUGUACUUCCUCCCGGUUUGGUUCCAGUCCAUCAAGGGCUCGUCCGCCGUACAAUCCGGAAUCCAACUCUUGCCUCUUCUGUUAGCGAUGGUGCUCGCAUCGAUUCUGGGCGGCUUCACUACCACCAAGAUCGGCUACUACACGCCUCUCGCCAUCGUCGGCUCGUGCAUCAUGGCCGUCGGGGCCGGCCUCCUGACGACGCUCCAGGUCGGCACCGGCGAGGGCAACUGGAUCGGCUACCAGAUCUUGUAUGGCUUCGGCAUGGGCCUGUGCUUCCAAGCACCGAACCUCGCCGCCCAGACGGUGCUCCCGGUCAAAGACGUGCCCGUCGGGACGUCAUUGAUGGUUUUCAGCCAGUUGCUGGGCGCCGCCAUCUUCGUUUCCGUCGGCCAAAACGUCCUGGAUAAUCAGCUGGUGAGCCGUCUUUCUGGCUUGCCGGGCUUUGACCCGAAGAUUGUCACUGAGGGCGGCGCCACCGAGCUGCUUACCGCACUGCCUGCCAACAUGCGAGAGACGGGACUCGUAGCCUAUAACGAGGCGUUGCGGAAUGUUUUCCAGAUCGGUUUGAUCUUGUCGUGUCUUACAGUCCUUGGUACUGCGGCACUGGAGUGGAAAAGCGUUUUGAAGAAGGCGGAGGAGAAUCGGAGGGCUGAGGCUGACGGAAAAGCUGCAGAGAAGGUGUAA